AUGCCUCAGGGUGUCUCUGAAACAGCAAUACCCUUACUUCAUAAACUGAUGGUACUGAAUGUCAGUCACAACCAGUUAUCACGUCUCCCUAAAGAAUUGUCAAAGCUUGUAAAUAUUAAGGAACUCUUUCUCAGGCACAACAAUAUUGAUGAAUCUUUUGCAUUGAAAAAAAUUGAAGCUUUAGAGCUUUCAGAGAACAAGCUAAAAACUUUGCCAGAUACCAUAGCCGACAUGAAAAAUUUGAAGGUACUCAACAUUGAUUCCAAACAAAUCUCAAUAUUCCCAAGGGUUCUCUGCUACCUUCCUAAUCUAGAUGUUAAAGUGAUCGAGAAACAACAAGUAUUUUCAAUUGUAACAGUAAAACUCAGAGUUGACGAUAACAAAUUGGAGUUUGUUUCAGAUGAAGUGGAGAAUUCAUGAGAACUUAGGUUUCUGAACCUUGCAAAAAAAUUAUUCAAGAAAAUAAUACCUGGAAUUUCUGAUUUGGAGCAUCUGGAGUUAAACACAAACAAAUGGUCCUCAUUUUCUGCAUGCUUGUGUAGCCUUACAAAACUAGUUUACGUGGAUGUAAGUGAGAAUGAGAUCAACAGCAUGCCAGCAGUGGUGUCUGAGAUGAAGGGUCUCCAGAUUAGCAAUCUGGAAGUGAUCAAAGACCUAAAUGUAUCAAACAACCGGUUUGCAUCUUUUCCUUCUGAAAUAUGUCAUCUUUCUUCACUGGAGACAUUGACAGUGUGUCGAGUGAAUGGGUUGAAGUUAACUAAAAUUCCAGAGGAGCUAUCUAAACUGGUUUGCCUCAGGGAACUGGUCAUCUCUCACAAUGCAUUAAAGGAGAUUCCAGCCAGCACAGGGGAACUGGAGUAUGUGGUCCGUUUAAUUGCAAAUGAUAAUCAUAUCGGCCAGCUCCCCGAAUCUAUUACAUCACUAAGAAAUCCACAGCGACUUGACCUGAGCAGUGAGUAUCGGGCAUUCAAUCCAUUAGUAAAAUUUGAGCAACUCGGUGCGCACACUGGGUGCGCCCAGCGCCGCGAUAAAGAAUGCCUGCUUUCUAAAACUCCAAAUGGAGCCUUACAGAGUUUUCAAUUUGCCGACUUCGGUAACAGGGUUAUCCAGCGUGCAUUAUCCAGGGCGGGCUGUCCGGUGUGGAAAUACCCGCCUUAUAUUUCAUCAAGCAUCCCUUUCCUUGGGCAUGCAAUUGCAUUUGGAAAAAGUCCCGUUGAAUUUUUGGAAAAUGCUUAUGACAAGGUACGUGUUCCUACAUAA